AUGUUUUCAAAGUAUGAAACAUCUACAACUCCUAAUGACCAAAUGUUGAGCCCUGAUACUGAGAAAAGCUCAAUUUCUCUUGAAAAUGAGGAGUCGACAUUGUCCUUGUUGUCCAAUCAACCUCCUAGAGCCUUAUUGCACCAAAGAUCAGCAAGUGAUUCCAUGACCUUUGUGAAAAAGUCUCAUUGGGUCGGGCCGAGCUCCAAUAUUACUGUAGAAGGGUGCUUGGAAAUCAAUGGAAGUGGUGCUGAUGGAAAGGGAAUUGAUUCCUACAAAGGAACAGUAGGGGAUUCAUCAUCAGCUUCACCUCUCGUAACCGAGACACACUAUCCAACUCAAUAUGGAAAAUGGGGUCAGAACUUUGGCCCUGAUACGGACCCUAAGAAGAUUAAACGACUACUUGCAAAUAGAGUUUCAGCUCAGAAAUCCAGGUUGAAGAAGGCAGAAUACAUUGAAAAUCUCAAAAAAGACAUCGCUAUGAAAGAGGAGAAAGUGGCAGUCCUAGCUCCAGCAGUUUCUUUCUAUGAAAAGCAGCGCAUGAUGUUGGAAAAAGAAAACAAUGUAAUGAAACAGAGAAUGGAAACUCUCGAGAAGGAAAAGGCAAAGAAAGAUGACUAG